ACUUCCGGAAACAAAGAAAGGGCGUAGCGUCCAAUCAAACAAGGCUUCGGUUUGAAAUGCGAGCCGAUACUUAUUCUCCCUCUAACUGAAAACUACAACACCAAAGACCGUCCCAAGAGCUCAUGGCGUUUGACAUAUAAGACACUAUUUCGUUUCUGCUAAGUUGAUUUCCAGCUCCUGCUGCCCGCCGUCGCCAGCUGUUUCAUGGGAACCCAGGACGGAGAGAGAGAUUGGGUGGAUGUGGCAAAUGAUCUACUCAGCAAGUGUCACGUAAAGCUGAGACUGAAGACACUGACGAGCUGCGAUGCAAGUGUUUUCAUUUCUCUGUAUGAAAACAUCUUGGGCGAAAGGGUUCCAGAUUAUAUUGCUGCUCCAAGUUGUCAAGAGGAUGACAUUCAUAAUGUUCAGGCCGUGAUUGAUUCUCUGUCCCUGGAUUACCUUCAGAUCAGCCUUUCACACAUUACAGGGGAAAAUGUUGUCAGAGGAGAAAAGGAAUCUAUAAGGAACCUGUUGGAAAUCUUUGAUGGACUGCUGGAAUAUCUCAAUGAGGAGAUAAGUGAGGAGUCGCACAGUGGAGAGGAACUGAAUGAGAAUGUCAGUAAGGAUGAACACACUGAAGCCAAGCAGCCAACAAGUUGUGAUGACACACAUCAAAAAGAGACAAAAUUGGAGGAAGCAUCUCUUUCUUCAGCUGGAGCGUUCACUGUCAAAUCCAGUACCCAUUCCCUCCGUUCCUGGAACAAUGAGGAGAUGGAAUCAGCAAGUGAAGUCAUGGGGCUGGGUGUGUCUGCACGCACAUUUACAGACCAGGAAGAAGGACUGACUGUCCCCCCUAAAACCACAGACGCAGUCACCACCUCUGUUCAUCUUACUGCCCAAGACACCCCACUCAUUGAACCGCUGCCUUCAGCCAUCGCUCUGAAGCCGCCAAACCAGAGCAGCACUCCCCUGAGAAGAGAACCUGACCGAGACUCACACUCACCCAGUCAGUGCCCUCCAGGUGCUGGCUCCAGUCCUGGGCAAACAGAGGAAGCGGCUGUCACUACAGUCACUACAGAGGUCAAUAAACCAGUAGCUGAGGCUGUUGCUACCAAUGGAGUCCAUUCCCCUGCUGUGAGUGAGGAGUCUUUGUCCAGUCAGCAAAAAGCCAGCACAGAAGCAGAGGGGGGGGCACUAGAGCCAACCAACAAGGGUUCCAGGAAGGUUUUAUUCCACACCCAGCCAGAUGUUCUCUUCCUCACCUUGCAGGAUGAGAAGGCACUUGCCACCCCGUCUCCCCCUGACACCGAGGAGGAAGAUGAAGAGGAUCUGAGAUAUAUACGAAGAUUACAGAACAGGAAGCUGGUUCACCCUGGCAGAACAGGUGUCAGAAGUAGCAGGGUGGAGGAGGAGCCUCUGUCUUAUCAAAGACAGAGAAACAGGAAAGCCGAAGAGGAGCUGCACCACAUAUCAGAAAAACUGUCCCAUCGACUUGAGGAACUCGAUCAGAUGCUUAAAAGAGUUCUGGGGGAGGCCAGAGAGCCCAGUGAGGUCGGAGAGGAGGAGGAGCAGUCCCACAGCAUUGACAGCAUCAUGGAGACCCACAGGAUUCCCAGACAACACAUUAAAACCCCAGAUACUGAAUCUUCCCACCAGAUGCGUUCCUUGUCCCCCUCUCCUCCUCGUGCCCGUUGCUCCCUGCAGGGACAGUUAGAAGAUGCCGUGGCAGAGAACUUGACCCUGGACGAUGGGAAACAGGCAAACCCCACAGCUACUGAUCCUUUAAGAAGAGCAGGGCUACACCACAGGCCCUCGCACAGGAAAUACAACAAGUAUUUGGAGGAGACUGUCUAUGAGGAGGAGCUAAAAAGAUAUGAGAACAAAAAACAAGUCGAUCUAGAUAAUGCACGUCUCAAAGCUCAGGAAGCUGAGCGAGAGUACAGGGAGGCCAUACUAAGUGACGUUUCCCAAGCCUCCAGAUUGGCUCCACUUCGAACAAAGGAUCAGUCACGACGCCACACGCAAACCCCACUAGGACGGAGACGACGAGAAACUCCCAGAAAAGCUCACUCUAUUAAGGUAAAAGAAAAUGACCUGCUCCCCGUCCUCCUUGAGGAGCUACCCCACCUUCACAUCUCCCCUCACGCUCUGGGCCGGAUGUGGGAGCAGCAGAUGCAGCAGGUGGACAGGCUCCAUGCCCAGUCAUUCUCCCACAGCCAGCCUCGCAGUAAGCUCUCCAGACAGGUAAAGGAUGCCCAGAGGAAACAUGACCUGCUGGUGGAUCUCAUCCACAAAGAUCAAGAUCACAACAGGCGUUUGAGGGAUUUCAAAGAACGCAUCCAGCAGCAGAAAGUGACUCAGAACAGACUGAGGGAACAGAGGCAGCAGAUAGCCCGGGCAAAGAAGUAUCACAGCGACUACCACGUCCAGCACCGGGCGCGUCUGAUGAGGGCACGCACCAAGGAGGAGAGGAUGUUUCGGCAGCUGUUUGAGGAGGGGUUGGACCUGCAGAAAACCCGGCUCAGAGAACAGAGGGCUCACGCCAGGGAACAGCGCUUGGAACAUCAGAGACGACACCAAGACCAGAUAACGUCAAUGGAGAACUACUACAAGGACCAGUUUUCACUACUGGCUGAAAGACUUGCACAGGAGCGGCAGGAGAUCCAGGUUCGCAAAAAAGCUCAAGAAAAGGCCCUGCUGAAGAUGAAGCGAGAGCUACGUUCCAGGAUGGAGCGAGAGAUCGGUGAACUUCAGAAGAUCAUCAUCCAGAACAACGAGGAGGACUACAUCCAGGAUUUGGAGGUCCAGAGGCUGCGCAAUCGGAUCCAGAUGGCUUCCUUCCAGUACAACACUAGCUACCUGCACUGACCUGAGGUACAGGGUUCUUACUAGAGCAACUCAAUCAAAGCUGGACCUGAAGGAACAAAAUCUGUUUCUGCCAUCCACUAAGGGUACGACGUUCUAAUGGCUGAAAAGCCCCGUCUCCUCAGGCACGUGUCCCCAAAGACUUGCACUGGAAGACUAUGUAUUAACAAUGUACUGAACCCACUGCUCAGAUGUAGCAUUUAGCUAAUUCGUCCUCUGACCUCAGCUGCUGUAGUCCCCUUCCUCCAUGGUUUGAGUACUUGAUACUAAGAAUGUCAUAGUGGCUCCCUCACUGUGCAGAGACUGUUAACUGUAGCAGAAACGAGUGGAUAUGUUCCUUCUUUUGCCAAAUAGGGGCCACUGGUGCAAUGUUAACAUGUAUGAAUGUCAUACAUUAAGAUUUUUAACCUAUGAACUGCAAGGUCUUCCUUUAAUGUUUUAACCAUGCGAGUGGGUUAUUUAUUUUUCUAUGCUUUAAUGAUCUUGACUUUUAACCAACCUUGUGCUUCUGAUCACCAGAGACAAUGACAAACAGCCUUUCCUCUGAUUUGUGUUUUUAAAUCUCACUAAUGUUAAAGUCACGGUAGCUUGUGAUUAGAACAUUAACCUUAUCGACGUUGAAACACUUUCUACCGACGACUGUGAAAUCGCUAAUGAACAUGUCCUGUCGCUGUCCAUUAAAUGUGUGGGCUCGCCCAUGUCAUCA